GUUGGACCAGAGUGAGGGAAGAGAAGAGGAGGAGGAGAGACAGAAAAAGAAAAGAACAGGAUAUUGCGCUCAAAAAGGAAGUGGACUCAUUCUUUUUUGAGCUCCUGGUGUGAAACGCACAAACCUGAGGUGAAAGUUCAGAGGUCAGAGUUGACGACAGAGAGUGAAAAUGUCACUGAAGCCUCUUCUGCUCAUCUGGGGAAUCACUGCAGCCACUGUUGUUACUGCUCAAGAAAACUACGAGUGGACCACAUGGUUCAACGUUGAUCACCCCGGAGGUCGUGGAGACUACGAGCAGCUGGAGGCCAUUCGCUUCUAUUACCGUGCACGAGUUUGUGAGACACCACGGGCAAUUGAGGCCAGAACCACUGAAUGGAUCCCAGCCCGUGAGACUGGGGAGACGGUCCAUGCAGACCCGACGGUGGGCUUCUGGUGCCUCAAUGAGGAGCAAGGUCCCAAACGCAACUGCUCCAACUAUGCAGUCCGCUUCCUCUGCCCUAAAGUUAUCAGUGUGAACAUUCAGGGUACCUGGGGCCCUUGGUCAGACUGGAGCCCAUGCCCUGCCGCCUGCGAUGAAGUGAGGGUCCAACUACGCUCCAGAAACUGCCAGUCUCACUCCAUGCCUUGCAGUGGCCCUAAAGUAGAAGAGAAAGAAUGCAAUGGACCUGAGUGCCCAAUGACAAAUUGUUUCCUGCAAUGUGCGGUGGGGAAGGUGAAUGCUGAGUGUGACGCAUGCAUGUGUGAAGAGCACAUCCUGUUGGGUUCUGUACGUGGUGCUGGAGGUCUCAUCGCUGAAGGAGCUACGAUCCUUCGCAAUGGCAAGCUCCUCACCCUUACUGACCACAACGGACAUUUCCGCAUCCCCGGUAUCUGCCCUGAUGGCAACACCACGCUGACGGUCGGCCUGCAGGGUCAUGUCACCCAUAACGUUGUUGUGCCAAACAGCUCUGAACGCACAUCUGUCCUCAGUGUCCAGCUGAAAAGAAUAGAGAAGCUUCAUGUGUUGAGCAACCCCGACAGCAAGGCCAGGAGGCAGGGACAAACUGCUGCCUUCUGCUGCAAAGUGGCGGGAGCACCACAGCCAGACAAAUACCAAUGGUUUCAUAACGACAGUCUCCUGGAGAAGCAGACUGGGAGCACCUUGGUCCUAAAGGAUCUGCUUCUUGAGCAGGCUGGGGAGUACUACUGCAGAGCAAGUGGGCCAUCUGGUGCUAUCAAGACCAAACCAGCUACACUCAAAGUCCUAGGUCGAAAUGAGCAUUCAUGUAACCCCAAACCUCAAUCCCACCACAUCCGUCUUCCACAUGACUGCUACCAAAACAGCACAGACUCACUCUAUUACGAUGUGGGCAAGUGCCCUUCAAAUACAUGCACUGGAAAGCUGGACAAUGGCAUCAGGUGCAAAGACAAAGUGGCCUACUGCUGUGGUGUGGAAAAGAUGGAGGAAAGGCAGAUUACAUGUAAAGGCUACCAACUGCCCACCAUGGUGGUGACUGAGUGUGGCUGCCAGAAAUGUGUGGAAACCAAGGCUAUUGUGCACGGUCGGGCCAUUGCGGCAGAUAAUGGUGAGCCAAUGAGGUUUGGCCAUAUCUUUAUGAAUGGAGUCAGAAUCAGCCGCACAGGCUACAAAGGUACCUUCUCCAUUCAGGUCCCUCCAGACACAGAGAGGCUAGUCCUGACUUUUGUGGACAACAUGCAGAAAUUUGUCAACAGCACAAAGGUACUUCCAUUUAACACCAAAGGAGGGGCUGUUUACCAUGAGAUCAAACUUCUCAGAAAGAAAACACCUGUCACCAUCAGCUCAGUAGAAACCAACACGUUGGAGCUUGGGGAGGUGGAGGGCCAGGAGGCAAUGGUUCAGAUCCAGAUUCCACCCAAUUCCUUUUACAAGGAGAAUGGAGAAGCCUUCACAGGUAAUGUCAAUGCUAGUAUAACAUUCCUUGACCCAAGAGAUGUCUCCACAGCUGCUGCAGCUCAAAGUGAUCUCAAUUUUGUAGGAAGUGAAGGCGAUACCUUACCUCUAAGAACCUAUGGUAUGUUCUCAGUGGACUUCAGGGGUGAGGAAAACAAUGAGCCCCUGAACGCAGGUGAAGUGAAAGUUUUCCUUGAUUCUGCUCAGGUGAAGAUGUCUGAGCACCUAAACACCAUGAAGCUGUGGUCACUGAACCCUGAUACCGGCCUGUGGGAGGAGGAGGGAAGUCUGCAGGUGGAAAAGAAAAGAAGAGGCAAAAGGGAGGAGAGAACCUUUCUGAUUGGUAACAUGGAGAUCAGAGAGAGGCGGCUGUUUAACCUGGACGUCCCAGAGAACCGCAGGUGUUAUGUGAAAGUGAGGGCCUUCCGCAGUGAGCGCUUCAUGCCCAGUGAGCAGGUGGAGGGAGUUGUGGUGAGUCUCAUAAACAUGGAGCCGACAGCUGGCUACUCCUCUAACCCACGGGCCUGGGGACGAUUCGAUAGUGUAAUCACUGGCUCGAACGGUGCCUGUCUUCCUGCCUUCUGUGAUGAACAAAAAGCUGAUGCAUACUCUGCCUACGUCAUGGCCAAUCUUGGAGGGGAGGAGCUGGAGGCUGUCCCUUCGGCUCCUAAACUCAAUCCCAACCUCAUUGGAGUGCCCCAACCUUACCUGAAUAAACUGAACUACAAGCGGACCGACCAUGAAGAUCCGAGAGUUAAGAAAACAGCUUUCAGCAUCAACGUUGCGAAACCAAGUCCCAACACAGCCGAGGAAGGCAACGGACCAGUAUACCAAUUUGAGAAAUUGAAAGACUGUGAGGAAGCCCCGUUCAGUGCAGCACACUUCCGUUUCUCAAGAGUGGAAGGAGACCGCUAUGAUUACAACACCGUGCCAUUCAAUGAAGACGACCCAAUGAGCUGGACAGAGGACUACCUGAGCUGGUGGCCCAAGCCCAUGGAAUACCGGGCCUGCUACAUUAAAGUUAAAAUCAGCAGUCCACAUGAGAUCAAUGUGCGGUCCCGUAACAUGGGAGGCACCCAUCCCAAGACAGUGGGUCAGCUGUAUGGCCUCCGAGACACUCGCAGCAUCCGUGACAUGGACCAGAACACUGUAUCAGCUGUGUGUGUGGAGUUCAAAUGCAGCGGGAUGUUGUAUGAUCAGGAACGUGUCGAUCGCACCCUGGUGAAAGUGAUUCCACAAGGAAGCUGUAAGAGAGAGCUUGUCAACACAAUGCUUCAGGAGUAUCUGGUCAACCACCUGCCCCUUGCAGUCAACAAUGACACCAAUGAGUUCACUAUGCUGGCGCCUCUUGACCCUCUGGGUCAUAACUAUGGAAUUUAUACAGUGACGGACCAGGAUCCCCGCACAGCCAAAGAGAUCGCACUUGGACGCUGCUUUGAUGGCACUUCUGAUGGUACGUCUCGUGUCAUGAAGAGCAAUGAGGGUGUGGCGCUGUCGUUCACAUGCGGAGAUCGUGAGGUUACACACCAGAGUGUUUUCCAGUCCCUGCAGAGCUCUCAGGGUCAGACAGUAACAAGUGUGGUGAGAGGCGAAGGCAGACAGAACCGGCGCCGGCAGAGAGCCAAUGCACCCCGCAGCAGUCGUAGACGUAGCACCAGGAACCCCACAGGAAAACGUGCAGAGGCCAAAAGCUAAACACUGAAGGUCAACGAGGAGAUCAAAUGAGUACCUACAACAGAGGUGGAUAGCGUGAACCUUCUGAUUUUAUACAUUUUAUAUUGGCUUGUUUUUUUCACGCAACUAAAGGAUUAGGCCUAUUUCUUGCAGCUUUUUCCCAAAAUUGUGCUACGUUAUUUUUCAAUUGUACUGUGGUCAAUAUUUACUUGAAACUGUAAAUAGAGUAUUUAUUACAUGUGCCUUAUAAACAGCUAUCAGUGAGCUGAUGUGUUAUUACAUGUAAGAUUAUUUCAGUAAUGUUAUAAACAAAGACGGAAACACAA